AUGCGCUUUGUUUACGGUAAAUCUUGCCAUUUUCCUGUUGAGCUUGAGCAUCAAGCUUAUUGGGCUACCAAAAAGUUGAAUCUUAAGAUGAAAGCUACAGGGGAAAAGAGAUUGUUGCAGCUUGUUGAACUUGAUGAAUUUUGUCUCCGUGAUUAUGAGAAUGCAAAUUUGUACAAGGUGAAAACCAAGAGAUGGCAUGCUAGAAAAAUUCAAGAUAGAGUGUUUGAACUCAGACAACUUGUUUUGCUAUUUAAUUCAAGGUCAAAGUUGUUUUGGGGAAAAUUGCGGUCUAAGUGGUCUGGACCUUUUGAAGUAGUACAAAUGACACAUCAUGGAGCGGUUGAAUUGUGGAACAAAGAGAAAACUGAAAAGUUUCUAGUGAAUAGACAAUUUAUGAAGCAUUAUUGGGCUAAUCAUAAAGACAAGCACAACGUGUCCAUCACUUUUACUGAUGAGAAUGAGAAACGUCAUCGAGAUAGAGAAGAUGAGAAGAAGGUGAACAUCGACCUUUGA